GCACUCAUGUAACAUGUCUUCUCAUGUUCACACUCCUUACAUAAGACUGCGGGAAUCAAAUGAGGUUUUACAACCAACAAGGGUCACAUUUUAAUGGGAUUAACGCGGGAAUUAACGUUUAAGCGUCCUGACAGGUCAUGCAGGUUAUCAUUUGCAAAGUUAAAAUACAAAGUUGACAUACAGAAGAAAUGAGUGGGGUUACACCAUUGGAUACAUCACCAUCACCGUCUGACCAGUUGGCACAAGUCUUCUUUGUCCCAGCUACUAAUGGAGCAGCAUCAGGAAUAGAAAACCCUAGUCAGGGCAGUCAGGAGAGUUUACCAAGAAUGUCUGGCCAACAGGGAGACGUUGUUGCUUCAGAAAACACAGGAGGGAAUCCUGUCCUCUUGACUGCCUCUGAUAUCCUGCAGUCCCUCUCACUUGUUCCCGACAGUCCAGCAGUGUCUCAGGAUCAGCAAGAUUUAUCUGUCAGCAGUGUGACUAACACAGAUACAGCAAACCCCCAUGUUGGGCCACAGGACACCGUGGAGAUCACUGCCAAGUCCAUUGUCAUCCUCACCCCAAAGGGACAGGGCCAGGUUAGUUUCAGUAAUUCACAGUUAGCAGAUUCCCAACCAGCCAAGGAACUGAUGGUGCAAGGAGUGCCCUUGAACAUGCAGCCUAUUGCAGCCACGUCUGUGCCAUGUACCACCAUCGCCACCCUGCCCCCUGGAUCCAUCAUCGUCACACUACCACACGAGAUGGAGAACCAGAAUGUCUGCAACAUAAUGAAGCUGCCAGGCCAGGAGAAGUCUAUACUGGGAAAGAAGAAGCAGAAGAAGAAGGGUGGGGUUGUCUGUGAUGUUUGCAGCAUGGAAUUUACUACGAGGAAGAACCUUCUCCGUCAUCUACAGCUCCACAAGGCUGACACAGAGGAGGAUAGCAGGCCUGCAUGUGAACGGUGUGGCAGGAGGUUUAACCAGAUCUCAGAUCUAAAGAGACACUUACAUACACAUACAGGCACAGAGCCGUAUCGCUGCCAGUUGUGUGGGCGGGGUUUCCUGCGGCACAGUGACCUCAGUACCCACCUGAGGUUCCACAACAAGGUCAAGCCAUUCCAGUGUGCCUUGUGUGACAAGACUUACUACCAGUCAGGUGACUUGAGGAGGCACAUUCGCAGAUCUCACGAGCAGACUAAGGACCUGGCCUGCCCCCUGUGUGAGAAGACGUGUGCUACAGAGCGGUCCCUCCGUACACACCUCAGGGCACAGCACAACACGGUUCUCAUGCCACAGCGGACAGGACAACUCCAGGCAGUGGAGGGCAGUAGUGUGCAGAAACAGGCUGGAAAACUGGUGUAACCAGGCCGCGAUAUCCAGGCAAGAACAACAGAAGAGGGUCGUCUCAUUAUAGAGACAGGCUGUGAUUAAUAGCAAAUUAUUAUCAGACCAUGACAAAUGUAUAAUUAGUUGUGUGCCAGCUAUUGAAAGUUAUGUCAUUUUGCACAAAGAGUUGACAUUCCUACCACAGUGCUGCAAGCUAGUUUCAUGGUUGAGGGACCACUUGAAAUGGAUCUUCAUGAGCUUGCUGCUAGUAUCAAUGAAGAAUAGCCAUGUGGACAUCCUUUUUUUUUACUUAACUAUGCAAAUAUCCUAUGUUACAUGUACUUUGGAUAGCGUGGAAAUGAAGUUUUAAGAAAAUAGACUGCCCUAUUGGUGAUUUCAACUUAAACAUGAUUGGUGUUACAAUUUGGGCCGUACGUUUUUGGACAUGAAUGGCUAAAAUGAGUUGUGAACAGUACCUUCAUACACAUAGCUUAAUACAAGGUAGGCUAUAGAAGAUUGCUGCUGUUUUCUCCUAUGGUGCUUGGGGCAUAUGACAUUUGUAGUUCUAUCCUUGUACAAAGUUUGCUGCUGAAUAAUAGCUACAGUGAUAAGAAAUGUGAUCAAGAAAUAUUGAAGCAUGAAAGAUUGCCAUAUCAUGAUGUUUCUAAGCAGUGUGGUUUGGGUUGUCAUCAUAUAAUUAUUACAGUUUGGUUUGCUUUGCUUUGCUUUGGACUUGAACGUGCACCUUAUUCUUAUCAUUUUGGAAUCAUUUUGUUUACAAUACUGUUAAGAGUCUCAAUCUAAAUGUUGAACCUAACAAUAAGCAACAAAUCAAGAGUACCUGUCAUCCAAGAUGUCAUUGUAAAAUUUAAUCAUUUAUCACACAAAGGAAGUUUAUAACAAUAACACAAGUCAUUGUUAAACAUUUUUUUUACAUGUCCCCCAUAUGUUAUGCAAUAUUUUGGAUAGCUUCAUUGAUUAGCAGAUGCCAUUUAUCAUAAAUGUACUCUAUGAAUACCUAAUCAUUAGUACAAAAUACCCAAUCAUGCUGAAACUAGGGCAAAAAGGGGUUUUAUGAAAAUUAUUAUAGGAAGACAGAUCUACCUAAUACAC